GUGUUGACAGCGGCGGCGGCGGCGGCGGAGCCGGGCGGGCGGCGGGAGUCGGCGCCCGCGGUUCCUGUCCCUGGAGUCGAGGCGCUGGCGGACGGGCGUCCGGGGAUGGCCUUCAUGGAGAAGCCGCCGGCCCGCAAGGUGCUGCUGGACGACACGGUGCCGCUGACAGCAGCCAUCGAGGCGAGCCAGAGCCUGCAGUCGCACACGGAGUAUAUAAUUCGGGUGCAAAGAGGAAUUUCUGUAGAAAACAGCUGGCAGAUUGUUAGGAGAUACAGUGACUUUGAUUUGUUGAACAACAGCUUGCAGAUUGCGGGCCUCAGUCUACCUCUUCCCCCCAAAAAACUGAUUGGUAACAUGGAUCGUGAAUUCAUAGCUGAGAGGCAGAAAGGUCUUCAGAACUAUCUCAACGUCAUCACCACAAAUCAUAUCUUGUCUAAUUGUGAGCUGGUGAAGAAGUUUUUAGAUCCAAACAACUAUUCUGCAAACUACACUGAGAUUGCCUUACAGCAAGUUUCCAUGUUCUUCCGAUCAGAACCAAAGUGGGAGGUGGUGGAACCUUUGAAAGACAUAGGUUGGAGGAUAAGGAAGAAAUAUUUCUUGAUGAAGAUUAAAAAUCAGCCUAAAGAACGGCUCGUGUUAAGCUGGGCUGACCUUGGUCCCGACAAGUAUCUGUCAGAUAAAGAUUUUCAGUGUCUAAUCAAACUUCUGCCUUCCUGUUUGCACCCUUAUAUCUAUCGAGUUACCUUUGCCACAGCUAACGAAUCCUCAGCAUUGCUUAUUAGGAUGUUUAAUGAAAAAGGAACUUUGAAGGACCUGAUCUACAAGGCAAAACCAAAAGACCCAUUCCUCAAGAAGUAUGGCAACCCUAAGAAGAUUCAGGGCCUUGAACUCCAGCAAAUAAAAACAUAUGGGCGGCAAAUAUUAGAGGUAUUAAAGUUUCUACAUGACAAGGGAUUCCCUUAUGGGCAUCUUCACGCCUCCAAUGUGAUGCUAGAUGGUGACACUUGCCGGCUGCUAGACCUUGAGAAUUCCUUAUUGGGUCUUCCUUCCUUCUACCGAUCCUGUUUUUCACAAUUCAGGAAAAUCAAUACAUUGGAAAGCGUGGACGUCCAUUGCUUUGGCCACUUACUGUAUGAGAUGACUUAUGGACGGCCGCCAGACUCAGUGCCUGUAGACUCCUUCCCUCCUGCACCGUCUAUGGCUGUGGUGGCCGUGUUGGAGUCUACGCUGUCUUGUGAAGCCUGUAAAAAUGGCAUGCCUACCGUCUCCCGGCUCUUACAGAUGCCAUUAUUCAGUGAUGUUUUACUAACCACUUCUGAAAAGCCACAGUUUAAGAUCCCCACAAAGUUAAAAGAGGCAUUGAGAAUUGCCAAAGAAUGUAUAGAAAAAAGACUAAUUGAAGAACAGAAACAGAUUCACCAGCAUCGAAGAUUAACAAGAGCUCAGUCUCAUCAUGGAUCUGAAGAAGAAAGGAAAAAGAGAAAGAUUUUAGCUCGAAAGAAGUCAAAACGAUCUGCUGUUGAAAACAGUGAAGAGCAUUCAGCAAAAUACAGCAACUCCAAUAAUUCAGCAGGAUCUGGGGCCAGCUCACCUCUCACAUCCCCGUCGUCACCGACUCCACCAUCUACAGCAGCUGCCUUCGGUUUUAGUAAAAGAUGUAACGAAGGGAUGUCCGCAUUACCUCCACCUCCUCCACCUCCGCCUCCGCCUCCACCACCAGCAGCUCCCUUGCUUCCUGCGAGCACAGAGGCGCCUACACAGCUCCCGCCCCAGGCUGUGAAUGGUGUGAGUCGAGGGGCCUUACUCAGCUCCAUCCAGAAUUUCCAAAAGGGAACUUUGAGGAAAGCCGAAACCUGUGAUCAUAGUGCUCCUAAGAUCGGCUAAAGCUUCGUGUUUACACUUGGAGGGAAAAGUUCGUUGUUUUUUCCUCCCACCUCCAACCCCUAACGUACUCUUUUUUCGGAUGAAUAAUUGCUGAGCCAGUACAGUCACAUACUGUUUUCAGAUGCUCAUAUAAGAGGCUUCUCAAGAGGGAAAUAUUCAAGUAGAAUGAAGUCAGGCUGGCAUUUCUGCCUUAAGAAAUCCUUAUUUUGCUCCUUUAUUACCAUUUUAAAGGAGUCUUAUUCAUCUUCUAAUGGGCAUCUUUUGGGGGCAGCAGCAUAUCUGAGUCAACCUUUUCACCAAUUGAAGGAAACGGACAAAAAAACCAAUGACAAUAUUCAGAACAGUGAAUGACCUUUGUGUUGCAAUCCCUCCUUUUAUGUCAGACAGCUCCCAGAAAUGUUCCUCUCAUUUCUCUAUAAAGCAUUUUCUGGUUAUUUCUUAGGUAACUCCCAUUUUUGCUACCUUAUUUUGUCUUCGACAUUAUUAACACUGUAGUCCAAAGCAUAGUUAUGUCGAGGAGUGAGAGAAGCAACUGAGUUCUUCCUUUUCCAUUCAGAUAGUCAGGGGCAAGUCAAGCCUGGAACCUCUCUAGGUUCUAACAAGAAUACCAUUGUGGUUAUAGAACUCAGGGCUGCGAAGGCAACCACUCUAGACUCAUAGUUCCUUUUAGUUAGAGUGUAUUGGACAGGAAAUGUUAAUAUCAGAAAAAGCUCUUGCUGAUUAAAGGAUCUUCAUCCUCAGCAAUAAAGUCAAGUUUGUGGUUUAUGGGGGGUUAUUAUUACCACACAAGUAAAUUUGGCGUUCAUAAAAAUCAAUUCUGAUUUUUUGAAAGGUUUAUCCAAAUAUAUCAUCUUUUUAAUGUUACUCAUUUAUUAGAUCCUUUAUCCUAUGAUUUGCUUAAACCCUUAAAUAAAUUGCACUUUAAAGGAUUAUAAAUAAUCCAUUUAAAAAUUCAAGUACACACAUCAGUGUUGGUUACUAUGCAGAGAGAAUGUCAUUGUGUAUAGUUUCAUUUAAUCUGUGAUAAAUGUUCAGCUGUAUUUUUUAUUAAAAUAAACCAUGUCAAGAAAGUA